UAUCCACGUAAUUACGUGGAUUUGGUGCGAAUAGACACAGCGUAAAAAAUAUUACUCACAAUGGUGGAAACUUCAACUGUAAGUGAUAAACUAAAAGAUCCCGAAGAAGUAACAUGGGAAGAUCUGGGACUCGUUGAUACUCUGUGUGAAGUUUGUAGGAGUUUAAAAUGGGCCAAGCCAACAAAAAUUCAAAGAGAAGCUAUUCCACCGGCGUUACAAGGAAAAGAUAUCAUAGGAUUAGCUGAAACUGGUUCAGGCAAGACUGCUGCCUUUGCUUUACCAAUUUUACAAGGUCUGUUAGAAAAUCCACAAAAAUUUUAUGCGCUCAUCAUCUCACCAACCCGAGAAUUGGCUAUGCAAAUACACGAUCAAUUUGAAGCUCUUGGUGGUAGCAUGGGAGUUAGAUGUGUAAAAAUUUUUGGAGGAAUGGAUAUGAUUAAUCAAGCUUUAAUGCUGGCCAAAAAGCCUCACAUCAUCGUUACUACUCCCGGUAGAUUAGUUGACCAUUUGAAAAACACGAAAGGGUUCAAUUUGCGAACUUUGAAAUAUUUGGUAUUAGAUGAAGCCGAUAGAAUUUUGGGUGCCGAUUUUGAGAGAGAACUGAAUGAAAUCUUGAAAGUAAUACCUCGAGACAGGAAAACUUCUUUAUUCUCUGCUACUAUGACAAAAAAAGUAAAAAAAUUACAACGCGCAUCGCUGCGUAACCCAGUAAAAGUCGAAGUUUCUUCCAAAUAUCAGACAGUGGCUAAUUUGAAACAACAUUACAUAUUUUGUCCAGCAAAAUUUAAGGACAUUUAUUUAAUUUACAUUCUGAGCCAAAUGUCUGGAGACAGUUUUAUGAUAUUUUGCGAUAGGUGUGAUCAAACUUCAAAGACUGCCAUUCUUUUGCAAAUGCUGGGAUUCAAAGCAAUACCGCUUCAUGGCCAAAUGACACAAAAUAAGAGGAUUGCUGCUCUUGCUAAAUUUAAAGCAAAGGAAAAAAAUAUAUUAGUUUCUACAGAUGUUGCAAGCAGAGGCCUUGAUAUUCCACACGUUGAUGUGGUGAUUAAUUUUGAAAUGCCAACCAACAGCAAAGAUUAUAUUCAUAGAGUAGGUCGCACGGCAAGAGCUGGGCGUUCGGGUGUUGCCAUUACAUUUGUAAAUCAGUAUGACAUCGAGUUGUAUCAAAGAAUUGAAGAAUUACUCGGGAAAAAACUCGACGAAUAUCCGACAGAAGAAGAUGAAGUAAUGACGCUUCAAGAACGUGUUGCAGAGGCUCAGCGUGAAGUCAAAAAGAAAUUGAAAGAAAUAGAAGACAAGAAGAUGAGCAAACGGACGAAACGUGGACAAGACGAGGAUGACGAAGAAGAUGACACAGAACAGUCAAGCGGUGUCAGAAAGCGUUUCAAAGGAAAAAGCAUGAGAGGAAAAAGGCGUUGAAUAAUAUCCAAAUUCAACGUCAAUUUAUAGUUAUAAUUAUAAUUAUAAAACUCGUCUUUUUGACAUUUUGCUGGGCAAAAAUUUAUUUAUUAAAUUUUUGAAGCAGCAAAAUAGAAGUUAGUUAAGGUUAGUAGGUGUGUAACUUCCAUUUACACACUUUGUAUCCAAUAAUAAUGUAUAAAAAGAAUUGCACUCUUGUACAUUGAAACUGCGGUAAUGUCUACACUGAUCAACUUUUUAUAAAUUUAUUGAAAUUUUUUUUCAUUCAUGAACUAUUAAAAAAAAUGGCGCUACUUGUUUUUUAAGAAUUAUUUUUUGGAUAUCAACCACGAUAGUACUUAUAGCGGUACAAGCAAUAAAACGGUUUCUAAAAA